UUCGAAUUCGCAUUGGAUCGGAGAGGGUCUUGCAAGUAAAAUUCAUGUUAAUGAAUGUUAAUUUAUACAUUUGUAAGAAUCUAAAAUCUGUUUUUCCAUACACAACAAUUAUUGACGCGGCCGUCGUCGGUCGCUUGGCGGUGAUUUCGAAUUUUGAAGCAGUCGCGCCCGAAACGUCGACGCGAACGCAAGCGAAGCGUUAACGGUAAAGCUAUAUAGAUAUAGCCAGGAUGGAUCCCGAGUUUGUCAAUAAAUACAAUCAGGUCCUGAGCCGGCUAAAGCUGGUGGAGAACUUUGAUGGCAGUGAUCCCAACAAGCUGCCGCAGUUCCUACAUAAAAUCGAGGCCCUUAUGCCGGCCAUAAAUAGUUUCGAUGACUAUUAUAAGGCCCAGUUAAUAGGACAUAUUAAAAACAAAUGCACGGAUAGGGCGAGAGAAGCGGUCUUCACGCGACAAAUGAGUGCUCCCGUGGGCAAUGGCAAUGGAGCUGGCAAUGGCCAUCUCCUCAAAGCCGAAUCCUGGCUAAAGCUCAAGGAUCAAUUGCUGUACAACUAUGCGGAAAGGGAGUCCAGCUAUUCGCUGAUACACAAGAUACGCAGUGCUGUUUUGGACUCGAAUAUAGAGCUGUAUUACCAAAAGAUGGCCAAGCUAAAGCACAGACUGAUCAACAGGAAGUUAACCCACAAUGAUACCCUAUAUGGUCUCGAGGACAUCGAGCGGAUCACUCUGCAGGUGUUCCGAGAUCACCUGCCCGAGCCGACGCACUCGAUGAUCCUGCGGCGGAAUCCGAAGAGCAUGGAGGAGGCCUAUCGCUAUAUAGUGGAGGUGCAACAGCAGUUCUACACGCAGAGUGGAUCUCUGGCCACGGACCAGGCGGCCACCUUUAGUACCAGCCACAAGCAGCAGUCCUACGGAGUGGGCAUGGGCGGAGUGGGCGUGAGCACGGUGGGAUUGGGCGUGGGCAUGGGUGCGGUGGGUCUGGGACUCUCCUCCUAUGCCCGCCAAAUGUCCAGUGACAAGGGCCAGCAGAGCAACUCCAGGAGCUACUACAAUCAGUCGGCACCACCGGUGGGCGCCGGUAAGAACCAUCCCAUGUUCAAGAGCAUGGGCAAUCCCACCUUCAAGUCCAGUUUCAGUUAUAAUGGCACCAGCAAUAGUUCAGGCAUGGGAUCCAACUACUCGAGUGGCAAAAAAGCGGAUAUUAAACAAAACUACCAGCAGCAAAAGAGUCAGAACUAUGCAAAGACCUCAUCGGCCAGUGCCUGGAAAAAGUAAUCUUCGAUCGAUCGGUGAUCUCCCAGUCUUAACAAUCCAAUGAGAUAAGCAGAUCGAGCAUGACCUAAUCCCUUUGGAGCCUGUGACUAAGCCAAGGCAAAGUGCUUGCCACCUCAUGCUAAUUACCCUAAAACCUCACCCUCUCUAAUGGUGAUGAUGUGGCUGCAGAUUAUAGGAUGUGAAUAUAGAUUAAAGUAAUGUGAGCAAUACUGUGCAAUGAGAUGGAGCUGAUUUGUACUAGGUACUACCAGUUAGCCGUAUAACAAAUAUAUCAGUCCCAUUUAAUAUGAUAAUGAUGUGAAUAUUAAAAUGUACAAAUAAUUGAAAUGUUAAUAUUAUAAAAGACAAUGCAACAAAUGAAAUACCUCCAUGAAUUAUAAAGUGUACGCCUGCACAUGCAAAUAAUACAAACGAUGUGAAUAUAGAUGAAGAUAAUACAAAUAAUAGAAAGUAAAAGGUAUUCAAAUGAUAGAAAGUGUGAUAGGAAGAGGUAAAACCAAUUAUAAUAAUGUUAUUUAAUUUAAUUAAAAUUACUCUGUUAUCUAAAUCUAUGAUAUAUCAUAAAAAAAAAACCUGUAAAAGAACAAAGAGUAUAUGAAAUAAUAGUAUUUGUUGAAGAGUCAUUAGAAAUGAUCUUGUCGAUAUACCAGAUAAUGAAGCCGAUUAAAAUGAUGUUCAAUAAUGAUGACAUCGAUCGCGUGUCUAUCGAUGAUGAUCAAUCCGCAGACAGUAUGGACAUGUUAAUUAUUAGCUCAUAAGACUCCAGUGUACAUAUAGCCCCACACCUCAAGCUCAGCCUCAGUCACAUUACCCCCUAUAUCUCCCACAAAUGCGCUAUUUUAACAACACUCGCCCACCUUCAAAUUUGUUUUUGUUAACAAUAAAGUGU